GGGAGUCUGAUAGGCUGCGUUUUUGGUGGCUGGAUUCUUUCGGUUCUGAAUUGGUACUCUCUGUGUGGUGACGGAAGAGCUGAGGGUUGAAGACACAGAGGUUUGCAGGCGUGUACUCGAAAUUAAUAGUAUUUUAAACCUUCGUGAAAGGAACCCCACGCCUCCCGUUUCGCCGGUGUGAAGCCGAGUCUUUUAAAAUCAUCAGAAGGGCAGUUUUUACGUUGGCUACCAAAUCCAUUAUCCCUGGGUUCAGUGUGAGCAGCACUGAAUCCAGUGAGUACAUCUAGCAGCAAGUGACCGACAGGUAAUGUUGGAGAUGAAACCUGAUGGGGUGACCACAGCACCAUCUGAACCAAUGGAAGCUGAGGGAACAGAACCUGUUGAAGAGCCAGCUGGCAAUGAAGGCGCAUCCCAGAAUGGUUCUUCACCAUCACCCCCACAACCUGAUGAACCUCAAAAUGAGCAAAAGUCUCCUCCUGCUGUGAAAGAAGCUCCUGGGAAAGCAGUAGAUCCUAAAAGCAAAUCCAAAGGCCUAGUGAAAGGAAAGACUACAACCGCAGGCCCAGCAACCACUGGGCCAGGUGCAAGACCCAAAGCAACCCAAAGCCGUGUGGCUAAUGGCCUCGCAAAAACUGCAGCAAGUACUGCAACCAAGAAAACCCUUCUAGCUACCACUGUGGCAGCAGAGAAGAAGAGACCGACUGGAGCUGCUGCUCCUGGCAAGAAACCUGUUGGUUCUGCUGCUGCUGUCGCAAACGCAAGGACUCAACCUAAGGUAACGGCUGUUGGAGCAAGCAGAUCAACAACUGUGACCAGCAGUACAAAGACAGGAACAACUGCUGGUACAGCAAGCACCUUGAGUAAGAGACCAACCACAGCUGCCACUGCAAAAAAGCCCAAAACGACAGCUCUAGCUCCAAGGCCAACCACUGCCCCAAGAGUAGCCACUGCCCCUGCUGCCAAACCCAGCACUUCAUCAACAGCCAAAACCACGUCUGCUCCUAAAACUAGAACAACUGGCAGUUCAGCCCCAAGACCAGCUGCCACUUCAGCUGCAGCAAAAACGGUCACCAAUACUAGUUCUGCAGUUGCCAAAACGAUACGCACAGCUACACAACAGUCUGUUAAACCCUCUGUUACAGCAUCAGCUGCCCGGAAAGAUGUUAGCAAAACAGGAACUACAGCACCGGCAAAGAAACCAGCUGGCUCAACAAUGUCCCGUCUGGCAGCCAGCAAGCCCUCAAAUUCAGAGGCUUCAAAACCAGCUGCAGCUACAAAACGACCCCCACCUAGCAUCAAAGCACCCCAACCCAAACCAGAUUACAAGAAAAUUGUUCCAACACGUAAGGUGCCACCUAGUCCACGAAACACUUCCUCACGGCCAACAUCAGGCAAGACCAUUGCAGCUUCUCCUAGUCACAGACAGGCAGAUAGUAGUGCCACAACCAAACCGACACAGUCUGUUUUACCCCUGGUCAAAGGAAAGUCUGAUGAUAAAGAACCUGUAGCAGAAUCUGUACAACUUUCUGCAGCUGUAGUAGCUACUGUUGCUGUAGCAACAGCUGCAGCCAUAGUCACAGAAGAAUCUGUUUCAGUGAACGAAGCUACUCCAGCUGUAGAGGGCUCUUUGGAUGCACCAGCCUCUGAUUCUUUGGAUGUUCAGGAAAAUGUAGAUGUGCAGGUCCUAAAUGCCAACUCCCAAAGUGUGCUGGAUAUUCCUAACACAGAGCCAAUGGCUCAAGAGGCCUUAAUAGAAGCUGGACCUUUUGAAAAAUCUGGUCAUAUAUCUUCUGCAGUCAAUCUGGUAUCUGAAGAACAGUGUUCAAGGAAAGUUGAUGAAAUGCUUAUUGCUGCUGUGGAACCAGUUGCACAGGAAGCAGUUCAGCAAGAAACCAUAACUGCUUCACCAACUGAUAACCCUGCUGCUGCCAUAGUGCCCUGUGGUGGCAUAGAGGUGGCUGAAAAAGCUGAACUGAUAAACAAUGGCUGUUAUGAAGAUGUGGAAGAAGAGGAGAGGGAGGGCAGUCAACAGGUGUCCCUGUCAGAAAUGAGUGGCACCCAACCUACUGAAGAGUCUCGACCCGGGUCAGCUGGGCUUGCUGGGUCUGUUUGGCGGGCAGGGGCCCUGCUUUCAGAGCUUGACUCUGAGGACGUGAGCUGCAGCCAGCAGGGGGCAUCGGAGCUCAGUGCCCCAGGUGUCCUGGAGGGCACAGAAAGCAUGGAUGAUCUUGGUGAUGCUAGCCUAAAAGGAGCUGAUGGUGAAGGUGCAUCUGUUGGGUCUCCUGACUUUGAGAAGCUUCCUGACAUUCCUCCUAAUGAAGAUGAUGAGGAUGAUGACGACGACGACGAUGAUCGAGUUUGUGACAUGGAGGUAGGGUCGGAAAGAGCAGAGGACUCGAACAGGCAGCAUCAUGACAACGAGGAUGAUGAAGAGGAUGAAGAUGUAGAAAUGGCAAGUGAAGGCAUUACUGAGAGUGGGCUUGAAAGUUACGGGAAUGCCGAUGAGGAUGAUUUAACAGAAGACUACAGGUUAGACAACCUGAACCGUAUCCAGCCUUCUCCCACGGUUGUCUCUGCACCUCUGGCUGCCCAGUGGAACCAGUCCAAAUGUUUUGCUGAUCCUUGGGCCCAACCACCACAACCAGCCUCUACUCUUCUCUCUAGUCCUUCCUUUGAACCCUUGCAAGCAGAUCCAGAAACCCCAAUCCAGGCACCUGCUCAGGCAAAACUGGAUGUUAGCAACUCUGAAAAGAGCCCUUCAUCCUCUAACCCCCCAAACCUUUUUGAGCUUCCACCUUGUUCACCUCAUCGAACCCUGGUGACUGCUGCAGAGGGUGAUGUCAGCCCCAAACCAGGCACGUCACCUCAAGCCGGCAACUCCCAGUAUGGCACCCUUAGUGGCCCUGAUCUUCCAUCUGACAGUAGCAGAGACACAAUUAUACCAGAGAUAGUGAAAGAAUGUAACAACUGCUCAGGUAUUGAGAUUCAAUCUAAAGAGGAGUUCCUGCCAGAACCACUAAACCCUGCACCCACUGUCCUGCCUGACAUCAUGCAAGAUCUAGGCAUCCACCUUGAAUGUGCCGAUGAGGAGGAAGAACCAGAGACACUGCCUGCUGAUGAUGUGCUGGGUGAUCCAGCAACUGCUCCAGAAUCAGCACCAUCAUCUCCUUCAUCAGCCACUGAGGAUGAGGCAAGUGACACAGAAGGUGAAAUGCAGAUCAGUGACCCUCAAGCUGAGCUACUUGCCACCGGAAGUACCAACGGAACAAAAACCGUUGCCCAUAGUUUGUCCACUCUAGAGGAGCGUGAGGAAAUAGGAGGAGAGACAGAGGGUGGUGGUGGAAGUGAUACCCCUCAGUCUGCCACUUCUGCUGCAUCCUAUGGCUUUGAUUACAUGACUUCUAACUCAAAUGCCCUGUCAUCUGCUGAGAGUUGCAGCAAGAGCCCUGGCAUCUUUUCCCUCGAAAAUGAAGAGCAGCUCCCAGACGAGGCCAAGGAUCCUUCUCUUCUUAAAGAGCUUACCCUGAUACCUACUACCGUUACAUCUGGGGAAAAGAAUGAGCCUCUCAGAAGCCAGCAUGUGGGGUUCCAGUCCCACUCAGAACAGCAGUACAUGCUGUGUGGAGAGUCCAGUGAGCUUCCUGAGUCUGAUUCACUACCAGGGGCUGUACCCUUAGAGUCAGGCUCGAUUGAUCAUUUACCCCCACAGCACUUGGAAGAAGAACAAGAUGUUGACUCUCAGCAUCCCUACUACUCCACUGUAAGCGAAAAUACUGAUAGUCCUUUGGCAGGAAGAAACUCCCAAUUUUCUCAACACCCCCAGGAUUUGCUCUCCGUCCAAAUGACAAUGUCCUCCAAAAUUCGCCUCCGACCACGUGCUGCCCAUGUAAGCCAACCACCACGGCUUCCAACUGACCUUCCUCCCAGAAUACCAAGUACAGGGUCAAACAUGCAGCUUCGAUGUCUAGAGCAACACCAAAAACAGCUUCAUGAGAUCCAGCAACGGCAUGAAAAACAGAAUCGAGAACAAGAGUGUCAGGAAGCAGUAAGGGAGGAGAAAGAAGUGAGGAAUGAAAAGGAGGAUGAGAAGUUGGAGACACAGACGAGGACUUUAUUUGAGUUGCAACUUAAGCAGCAAGAGCAAGAACUGAAGCAGCAACAGCAAAUCAUGCAGUGGCAACAAGAACUUGAACAGCAGCAGCAAAAACAAAAGAUUCCUCCAGUCCUCCUCUCUCCUUCAUCAGGCCUCUGUACAAUUUAUGAAUCUGUGGAAAUAAGUGACACUGAAGAUGAAGAGGAGAAUGAACAAGUGCUUGAGGAAACAAAAAAGGCAGAGGACAAAAAUACCUUUGAGGUGUUCCCUAAUGAAGACGAACCAAGAUGUACUAAAGAAAAUAAUGAAGAUUAUCUUUAUUCACAAUUCACAACCCCUUCCCUAGAACCUACUCAGGACCUACAGCGAGAAUAUGGGGAGAAGGACACUGCAGCAGACCAAACCAGUCCUCCACAAUCUCCCCCUCGAUCUUCUGAGAUACCCCCACCUCUAGAGUUUGAUUGGGGCAAGAAGGUGGAUAUUGUCCAGCAGCUGAUCAAUCAGACAUUACUGCUUACAGGUGAUGGUUGCUCGCCUCUUCUUCUCCUACCUGGAGGGGCAGGUGGGACGCUUAGCCCCCUGGAAUGCAGCUUGUGGCCCAACCUGUUACCUCCACUUACACCCCCUUCAGCGACCGUGACUUCUGUAAGCAGCUUCUCGUCUGAGGCUCCAGGCAGCUCUGCUCAGGGUGAGUGGACAGUUGUAGAGCUGGAGACACAUCAUUAAGGAUGGUAUGAUUGUUGGACCAAUGUUGAACGAAUGAAACAACAUGCCAAAUAUGAACUUCUGGACUUGGAAGACUUGAAGAUCCAUCAGUAAGGAAGCACGUUUUGUUAAAAGAGAAUGGAGCCUUCCCAAGGUAAAAGCUUUAUGGAGGAUGUGGUCAUGGUAUUGAUUAGUUCUUCCAUUUCAGGUCUGUGGUAUUUGAGCAAGAAUUGGAAGUAGAAAAUCACUUUAACAUGAAAUUGACACAGCAGAAUAGAGUACUUGACUUACACCAUCUUGCUCUUUCUUUGGUUGUCUUCAUCCUGGCAGUUAUUCUAAAGCAGUGAGUUUUCAUUUCCACAACCCCACCCAUCUGAAAGUAACAGAACACUAUAUUAUGUACUUUAAGCCACACUUACACCGCUCCCUUGCUCAAUUGAUCAACAAUAUCUGACCUGCCCCUGUGCCAAAAAGCAAUUUCCUGGUGGUUUAAUGGUGGUUCUCGCAAGCUUGGACUGAAUACAUGUAUUGCUUAGUCAUUGUGUUGGUCUCUUGCCUUCAUUUUGGGUAGAGGGCUCAAUAAUGAAUGUGCUUGUUAAAAUGUAUGCUCUUUCUAAAAGAUUGUUCUCAAACUUUUCUAAGCAACAAAAUCUGUUAAAAUUUUUUUUUUUUAAAAUAAGGUCUGAGGUAAAUUGAUGAAUGCAGGUUUUUAAUUCAAAUCAAACUGGUAGUGUUUUCUGCACUGUUCAAUAUCAAGAGAUUACAAAGAUGUGUUGUAAUUCAAUACUUGUGAAGUUGAAUAGGCCAACUUAGAAUUUCAUGGACAUGAUUUUAAGCUAGUUACUGUUUAAGACUUCUGAAUGUAGGAAGGUUUGUUGAAUUUAACUUGCAGUGAUCUGACAAGUGUAGGUUUUCUGAUUUAAAAUGUUACAUUGAGCAUCACAAAAUUGUUCAAGACCUUAUUGGCAAUUUUCCAAAACAUGCACAGUUAUCUUCAAUUUACAAAAUUAUAUGGGGUAAAAGACCAAUCUGGUCUAGUGUUAAUCUUAAAGAAACAGGAUGAUUGGGAAAAAUGGAUGAACAUGCCUAAUAAAGCUCUGGACUGUAAUGAUUUUAUGCUAUUUAAUUCAGUUCUGAACUGCUGCAAUAUUCCAGAAAUAGCUGUGAACUGACAUCAUAGGAAAGCUCUGCAUUUCUAUAUUAAUGUGUUAUAUGAAAUUUUAACUAUAUUAUUGGAUGAUGCAAGACAAAGGUGUGUAGAUCAUCUUUACUGUGAACCUUCUGAACACUGUGCCUCAUAUCUGUCUGAACUAUGAAUUGAGUGGGACUAUUUUUAAAUUGCUCCUAAUUUUACUGGAACGGAGACUCUGUAGUAAACUCAAACAAUGUAAUAAAUGUGAUGACUGUUUGAAGACAACAGACUUUUAGGGUAUAAGUUUCACAUACUAUCUUCAAUGUGAAGUGCACAUGCACAUAUGUAACUCUAGAUUGCUGCAGGCUGGACAUCACAGAAUUUCUGACAGAGAACUGAUCUGGCAUCCUUGUUUGCCUUUUAUUGCUUUAAAAUAUAUUUGACAGAAAGGAGCACUCAUGCAAUUUAAAUGAUAUCUCCUGGUUUGCUGUGCCUGAAGUUAUGAGUGCUGGAAGGACUUUUUGCUGAAAGUGCAAAGUACUCUAAUACACUGUGAUUUGUCUGAAGUCUUUACUUAGCCUGUUUGGUGGGGUGGGGUGGGUUGUUUAGUCUCAUGUAGGAUUGUACAUUUUGUUCUCUUUCUGUGCUACUGAUCUGUGUGCUGAAGUCUUUUUGUGGUCAAAUUAAUCUGAAAUUAUAGAACAAACUGCUCCACAGAAAUUUGAACACACAGGGCUGAAGAGUGUGAUAUUUUCUCCCAGACAUAGUGAUUAUAAUUGGGUGAGUUUGAUAUUAUGCAGAAAUUGAGGUUUUGAUGUCAGGUGGUGAGCACAUAUCUGAUUGAAUGGAUUUUUAUUUUUUGUGACUCUCCGGUUGAGCACUAAAGUAUAAUUCAUUUAUCUGAGCUUGACGUAGCUUCAUUAUGUUCAAUGAUGUUCUGUUUUGUCAUACGCCAUGGUACAAUAUGUACUUUAAAGGGAAGAUGUUUGAUCUAGAAACCUGUUUACUGUAUUAUGAAGAGAUUAGUUAAUUUUAUUUGUACUGUGUUUAUGUACUGCCUGUUUGUCUAGUGCUGUGAUGUAGUUGAUUAGAGAAUACAUAAAGUACUUCUAAGAGAACAGUAAUUAGAAACUGUAAAGGUAGAAAUAUUUAAGUAAAUAUAUCAGAGGAACCACUCUACAUUUCAAUCAGGGAACGCAGGGAUUCCAGGUAGAUUUGGACUAUUUCACUGUAUUUUGGCUGAACUACUGUUAAAUAACUUGACAUAUCACUUUUACAAGUAUAACAAUGUACAGAGCUACUGUAUCUACAAAAACCAGCAGUAAAAUGAAUGCACUGUAACUCCGCCUUUACAUGGCCAACUUAUAUCAAGACUCAAAAAAACGAACAUCUGAAGAAAGACUUUGAAUAGCAAUGUUAUUCACAGUACUCCUGUCCGUUUUUGCAACAAAUAUGCAGAGACUACUGCUUUGGUGUGGUACAUUUCCAGCUUUUUGUAUAUUGUUUUUAAUUUAUUACUUUGAAAUGAAGUAUUGCUAUUUUUCUACUGUUUUAAUGAGAAAAGCAGACAUUAGACCAGGACUGCUAGCAGGUUUUUCUGGACUUUGAAAUGAAUAACUUGUUGCCUGCACUGUAUUUUAAAUGUUUCCAUCAUGAUAAAAUAAAGUUGGCUGGAAUUGAAAUAUAA